AUGGUUUAUCAAUCUGAAUUUCGCCAUGAUUCUAAUGCUAGAUUUGUCGAUGAUGCAAAUGAUUAUGAUAUCAACGAUGAAGGUGAAGUCGAGGGUAUCGUAAACCUCAAUGAAGGUUUUACCGAGGCAACUGAAUCAGAAUUAUUUGACAGAAAAGUUAAGUCUGAUGAAGAGGCUUAUGAUUUGUAUAAUAGUUAUGCAUUUAAACAUGGUUUUGGUAUACGUAAAGAUAGGUUGAAUCGUAGAGAUGACAAAGAUAGGACACCUAGGCAAGGCUUUUUGGUGUGUUCUUUUGCUGGCUUUAAGCAAGAGAAGAAGCAUGGUGAACAAUCAAAAGUUUACCAAAAGAGGAAUUUCCGCACAGGUUGCAAGGCUCAUAUACAAUUUGAUAUUGAUAAGGUGUCUGGUUUGUAUGUCCUGGUCAAUCACACUAUGGUUCAUAAUCAUAGUAGGGUUGCUGUUUCAAAGAGACAUUUGAUUAGGUCUCAUAGGAAGGUUACUAAUGAACAAGUUGUGAUGAUGAGUAGCUUGACUGAGAGUAGUAUACCUGUUGCUGAUGCAGUGCGUGUUUUAAAACAUCAAGCUGGUGGAGAGGCAAAUCUUUCAUUUCUUUGUAGGGAUGCGUAUGGUGCUUUAUCCCAACAUAAGAAAAUGAUGUUUGACGGUUGUGAUGCAAAGCGCUUGCUUAGCUAUUUUAAGGAGAGGAAAUCUAGUGAGUAUGACUUUUUUUAUGACUUUGAUGUUGAUGAAAAAGGUCCUUUGCAAUCUUUCUUCUUUCGUGAUAAUAGAAUGAAGGUAGAUUAUGAUGCUUUUGGUGAUUUAUUAGUCCAUGAUACAACGUACCGUACAAACAAAUAUGGUAUGAUUUGUGGACCUUUUGUUGGUAUGAAUCAUCAUAACAAUAAUGUCAUGUUUGGUAUUGGCUUCUUGAUCAAUGAAAAAUGGGAAUCUUUUGAGUGGUUGUUCAAUACUUUUUUGAAAUCCAUGGGUGGCAAACAUCCUGUGACAAUAAUGACUGACCAAGCUCAAGCAAUGGCCAAAGAAAUUAAGGUUGUCUUCCCAAAUUCCAGACAUCGACUAUGUACGUGGCAUAUUGGGGAGAAUGCAAAGAAAAAUAUCAAAGGACUUAGAGCAAAGGAAGGUUUUAAUGAUUUGUUUGAUAUUGUUUUGAAGUAUACCGAUACUAUUCAAGAAUUCGAGCACUAUUGGUCAAGCAUGCAGAAAACGUACAAAUGCACAGAUAAUAAAUGGCUGCAAAAUCUGUAUAAUAUCAAAGAGAUGUGGUGUCCUGCAUAUUCCAAAGACUAUUUUAGUGGCGGUGUUAUGUCAUCUCAGAGGAGUGAAACUACUAACAAAUCAGUUUCCCGUCGACUACAUGCCACUCAUGGUCUAUGUGAUUUCUACACUACUUUUAUUGAGGUUGUUGAUGAGUGGAGGAGUAGAGAAGGUAGUAAUGAUUAUGAUAGUAUGACUGGAAAUCGUCAUUUAGUUUGGGCAGAUAUUGGAUUGUUGGAGCAUGCAAGGAAGAUUUAUACUAUUCAAAUCUAUUUACAUUUUGAAGACAAUUUUGUCAAUGGUGUUCCCUGCACGACAAAGGUAAUAGGAUUUCAACCUCCACUUUAUGAAUAUCAUGUUGGGCAUCCAAAAAAGGAUUUGAUCAUGCAUACUGUUGCAUUUGAUGAAUCAACAGUUACAGUUGAUUGUACUUGCAAAUAUUUUGGUGAGAGAUACAUUUGCAAGAGAUGGACAAAAGCUGCUAUGUGCACUAGAGUUGAUGAUAAUGAUGUUGCUGAAAUGGGUGUCACUCCUUGUAGUGUAUGGAGAUUGUAUCAUAUUUGUACAUUUAUCACACUUGUAGAUCGAGCACAAAAUGACUUGAGUGCUCGAGCUGUCAUUGAGGAAGCAAUUGAAGAAUGCACUGCUAAGAUUAAUCUCUUGAUGGGAGAAGAUAAAGAUGUGCCACCUGAGUUAUCAAAAACGAAUGAACAAGAUGUUACUCCAGAAAAAGGUGAUGGCAGUCUAUUAGAACCAGCAGUAAUAUUUGAGCAAUUGGCUGAAGAACAUGGAGGACUUGAAAAAGAACAUGGAGGUUUUGAAAGAGAACAUGGAGGCAUUGUUAAAGAACACACAGUUCAGGUAGAUGUCAAGGAUCCUAUCAAAAAAAGGAAAAAGGGUCAAAAGAAUACUAGGUGGAAAAGCACACAGGAAAAGGUUUCCAACAAGCUCAAAGGUCAAAAGAUAAAGUCAUGGGAAAGAAAAGCGCAAAGGGUGUUUCAAAGAUGA